AGCAUGGGUAAGAUAUCGCUGUACGGCCUGGACGCAAGUCCGCCCACCCGGGCAUGUCUGCUCACCCUGAAGGCCCUGGACAUUCCGUUCGAUUUCGUCUUCGUCAAUCUGUUCGAGAAGGAGAACUACAGUGAGGAGUACUCGAAGAAGAACCCGCAGCACACGGUGCCGCUGUUGCAGGAUGACGAUGCCUGCAUCUGGGAUUCCCAUGCCAUCAUGGCCUAUCUGGUUGGGAAAUAUGCGGCGAGCGAUGAGCUGUAUCCCAAGGAUUUGCUGCAGCGCGCUAAAGUGGAUCAACUGCUGCACUUUGAGUCGGGUGUGAUUUUUGAAUCUGCCCUAAGGAGAUUGACCCGACCGAUUCUCUUCAACGGCGAAUCCACAUUGCCCCGGAAUCAAGUGGAUCACAUCAACCAAAUCUACGACUUUGUGGAGGCUUUUCUCGAUGACCAUGAUUACUUGGCCGGCGACCAACUGACCAUAGCCGACUUCAGCAUUGUCGACCAUCACCUCGAUUGGAGUUUUCCUCGAACUGGAUUUGGCCAAGUAUCCCAGGAUUGCCGCCUGGCUGGACAGGCUCAGGGAGCUGCCCUACUACGAGGAGGCCAACGGGAGUGGAGCCGCCCAGUAUGUGGACCUCUUGAGGUCCAAGAACUUCACUAUUGUGCCCUAAACGAAAAAAAAAUACUCCAAGACGACAAGAUGGUGAAAUUGACUCUGUACGGUUUGGAUCCAAGUCCGCCAGUUCGUGCCGUAAAACUCACUUUGGCCGCUCUGAACCUGCCCUACGAAUUUGUAAACAUAAACAUUAUAGCCCGUGAACAACUUUCAUCGGCCUAUUUGGAGAAGAACCCCCAGCACACGGUGCCCACAUUGGAAGAUGAUGGCCAUUUCAUUUGGGACUCCCAUGCGAUCAUUGCUUAUCUGGUGUCCAAGUACGCGGAUACAGAUUCCCUGUACCCGAAAGAUCUCCUCCAGCGGGCUGUGGUGGAUCAGCGGCUACACUUUGAAUCCGGAGUUGUCUUUGCCGAUGGAAUCAGAAGAAUUAGCAAGUCCGUACUCUUCUUGGGCGAGACCAAAGUUCCCAAGGAGCGAUAUGAUGCCAUUAUCGACAUCUUGGACUUUGUGGAGACCUUCCUCAAGGGACAGGAUUACAUCGCUGGAAAUCAAUUGACCAUUGCUGAUUUCAGCCUCAUCUCAUCCGUGACAUCUCUCGAGGCUUUCGUCCCAUUGGAUCCUGUCAAGUAUCCCAGGAUCAGUGCCUGGAUUAAAAGGCUGGAACAGCUGCCAUACUACGAAGAAGCCAACGGCAAGGGAGUCCGACAGUUGGUGGCCAUCUUCAAGAAGACCAAUUUUUCAUGGAGUACAUGAAAUUUUAAAAAUUGUAAAUAAGUGUAGCACUUAUUUGACUCUUGAUUUUAUAUUGCAAAUUAUGAAUAUAACAAAAAUACAUUUAAAACAUUUUAUUGGAAAAA